CUUGAGUAUUUAUGGAUAGAAUGAUAUGAUUGGGAUUUAUUUCAAAAUAACCCAAAGGACAAGGUUGAUAUUAAAAUUGGAAGUUUGCUGAAUAUUGGAAGUUGAAUGUAAUGGCAGCAGAAUUCAUAAAGAGUUGCUGUAGAGGGUGUUUCUAUGGUGAAACAGAAAAGCAGAAGUUUUCUGUGGAAAGAGACUUUAGAACAACAGUCUCAAAUAGCCAAAAUACUACUAUAUGUAUACCUCCACUGACUGCUGUUUCUAUAAAGCCUCAGGUUGGCUGUUCUGAGGAUUAUUUGCUUUCUAAAUUACCAUCUGAUGGCAGAGAUGUACCAUUUGUAGUGCCCAAGUUUAAGUUAUCUUAUAUUCAGCCCCGGACACAAAGAACUCCUUCACAUCUGGAAGAACUCGAAGGAUCUGCCAGAGCAUCUUUUGGAGAUCGAAAGGUAGAACUUUCUGGUUCAUCCCAGCAUGGGCCCAGCUAUGAUGUCUAUAAUCCAUUUUAUAUGUAUCAGCACUUUUCACCUGACUUGAACCGGCGCUUUCCUCCUCAUUCGGAAGCCACAAGACUGUAUGGAUCGGUUUGUGAUUUAAGAACCAGCAAACUUCCUGGCUCCCCUGGGCUAAGCAAAUCUAUGUUUGAUCUGACAAGUUCAUCUCAGCGAUUCAUUCAGAGACACGAUUCAUUGUCCAGUGUACCCAGUAGUUCUUCAAGAAAAAGCUCUCAGGGGAGUAACAGAAGCCUGGAUACAAUUACUCUAUCAGGAGAUGAAAGAGAUUUGGGGAGAUUGAAUGUGAAAUUGUUCUAUAAUUCCUCAGUAGAGCAGAUCUGGAUCACAAUUCUACAGUGCAGAGAUUUAAGUUGGCCCCCUAGUUAUGGAGACACUCCCAUAAUUUCUAUAAAAGGAAUUCUGACAUUGCCCAAACCAGUGCAUUUCAAGUCUUCACCCAAGGAAGGUUCCAGUGUCAUUGAAUUUAUGGAAACUUUUGUAUUUGCUAUUAAACUACAAAGUCUACAAACUGUAAGACUUGUAUUUAAGAUUCAAACUCAAACACCCAGGAAGAAAACCAUUGGAGAAUGCUCUCUAUCACUCAGGACUCUUAGCCCACAGGAAGUGGAUUACUCUUUGGAUAUAAUACCACCUUCAAAAUUUUCUGUGUGCCAUGCAGAACUUGAAUUGGGGACUUGUUUUCAAGCAGUAAAUAGCAGGAUUCAACUGCAGAUUCUUGAAGCACAAUACCUUCCAAGCUCAUCAACACCUCUGACUUCCAGUUUUUUUGUGAAAGUGGGAAUGUUUAGCUCAGGGGAGUUGAUAUAUAAGAAGAAGACACACCUGCUGAAGGCCUCCAGCGGAAGAGUAAAAUGGGGAGAAACCAUGACUUUUCCACUUACACAGACUGAAAGAGAAAUUGUUUUUCUCAUUAAGCUUUAUAGUCGAAGCUCUGUAAGAAGAAAACACUUUGUAGGCCAGAUCUGGAUAAGUGAAGACAGUAAUAACAUUGAAGCAGUAAACCAAUGGAAAGAGACAAUUGCAAAUCCAGAAAAGGUUGUUAUCAAGUGGCAUAAAUUAAAUCCAUCUUGAAAACUUCACACAUCCAUCUGGUGAAGAGACAACUUGACAUUCUUUUAGGAGACUUAUGCUUUCAGUUUUUUUAAAAUAGUGAUGAAUUUUAUCAGAUAUCCAACAUGAAGAAAGUACUUAAAACAGUGCCAAAACAAGAAAUAAAAUAAAAAGGUAGUAUUAUUAGGACCACUAAAUACAUUACAAAGUCUAUAAAAAUAUCAACCAUAGAUAGGCAUUUCUAAAUUGUUUUGCUUUUGCUUUUUAAGUCUUACUUAGAUGUUAAAGCAUAGUAUA